CUCUCUCUCCGACUUGUUUCCCCUGCGAUCCGAAGAACACACACCCCUUUCGAAUCCAACUCCGAAGCGCUUCGAAUCCUUCCGAUGAAGUUCUUCUCGGACCUGCGCGCGUGCUACCGCUCCGGCGCCGGCGGCGACGGCGACGGCGACGCCGACCCCGGUCCGAUGCUGCGGGAGGAAGCGCGCCCCCCGCUCUCGUACGGGGGCGGGGGCGGUUUGGACGGGCGGAGGCGCAGGUCGACCGGCGGCGGGAGGAGGCUGACGAGGGGCGACGCGGGGAGCGCACUGGCGCCCGGCGCUCUCGGCCAUCUCGGAGGACAGCGACGUCGCCGCCGCCGCAGCCGCCGCCCGGGCGGCAGAGGCGAAGAGCAGGGGGCGCGGCGCGAACGCCGCCGUCAAGAGGCCGCCGCCCCCGAAGGGCGGGUCGGCGGCGAAGAGAGCUCAGAGCUUCGGCGACAGAGAAGACUACCGGCCGAACCCGUUAUCGAUGUUCAUGCCAGCAUUCUCGCCGACGCCGUUCAUGAUCUGAGAUGAGACCGGCGUUUGCGCUACACAUCUCCUCGGUUUCUUCUUUUUUUUCCUUCUUCUUUAUGGGGUUAAUUGGUCACCCAAAAGCUGUAAAUUUGAGUGGUGGAUGGAUUAGCGCAGAGGAGCUGUAAAUAGAUAGAGGUCUCUUUCAAAGUACUGUUCAAUUAGAGAUGUGGGGCAUUGAUUGUGUUUACGAGUUGCUUCCAUUUCCUCUUUCUAAGGAGUGCAAGAAUGAGCUUUGAUCAUA